CAGGCAAGACACUCGCAUACGUAUCCACGCCUUGACCGAACCCCCGAACGGGCCGUAAUCACCGACGUCAGAAUGGAUCGGGACUCGGGAGCACGUCUCCGUCGCGCGGGGAAGAGGCACGUCCCCCUCGCGUUUCCCUUCGGCCCUUCCCCUACCUGGUCACCGCGCGCGGCGUGUAGCUCCAGCUCCCAGCAGCAGAGCCCGUGUCGGCGGCCCCUCACCAACCACCACGUUCCCCUACUACUACUAGCACUACAUGAUCCGGAGUCUGGAGGACGGGGACGGAGCAGGAUCGUCUUUCUUCCGGUGGGAGGAGAGGAGUCAGAGCGGAUCAGCGGGGCCAGCACAUGGACGAGAGCGGCCUGCGCGCGAGUCUCCUCGUCGAGGAUGAUGCAACAUGUCAUGGAGGAGAAUCACAUUCUCUACUGGAAGUCUAUCAACAGCCAAGGCUUAUGGGUAGACAAGAUGACUGGAGAUCGCCUGCAAUCAUUCUGGGAUUUGAAUGCCUGGAGAGCAUGGCUUUCAACGGCGUCGCCACAAACCUAGUUGUUUAUAUCCGCUCAGUUCUACAUGGUGGCAUUGCCUCAAGUGCUUCAACAGUUUCUCUUUGGUACGGGACUACCUUCUUUGUGCCUGUAAUCGGAGCUGUCAUAGCAGACGCUUACUGGGGCAAUUUCAAGACUGUGUUGAUCUCACUCGUAUUGUACCUACUUGGAAUGGUACUCGUUACAGUUGGAGCGUUUAUACCGUCUGCUCCAGUCUUGUGCAACUUGAGCUCAUGCCCGUCAUCAAAGGGAGCUCAAAAUCUCAUUUUCUUCUCAGGUUUGUAUCUAGCUGCUUUUGGUUGUGGAGGAGUAAGGUCCGCAUUGCUUCCACUCGGUGCAGACCAAUUUAACAACGAGAACAGCCUAGAUAGGCAAAAAAGGAGGAAUUUCUUCAGCUUGUUCUAUAUCUGUGUCAUCUUUGGCGUGAUUACCUCUGGCACCAUUGUAGUUUGGGUUCAGGAAAAUGUGAGCUGGGCUUUAGGAUAUGGUAUUGCCACCACAUGCAUUGCUCUAGCUUUGGCAUGUUUCAUGAUCGGAACACCAAUAUUCCGGCAGCGUGAGCCCAGUGGUUCCCCAGUCAAGAGUAUUUUCCAGGUUAUCGUUACUGCUUCUAAGAACAUGAGGUUGGAAAUCCCUGCUGAUAGCUCUCUCCUUUAUGAGACUAGGAGCAAGAACACACACAAGGUUGAGCUAAAACUAGCUCAUACCGAUGAUUUCAGGUUCUUGGACAAGGCAGCAAUUAUUUCUGAUCUGAGCAUUGACAAUGGCAAUUGUGGAAGUUCAUGGAGAAUCUGUACUAUAACCCAAGUUGAGGAAUUGAAAAUACUGAUCCGCUUGCUUCCCAUUUGGGCAACUGGAGUAUUCUUUGGUGCUGCAAUCUCACAAAUGCACACUACCUUCAUUCAGCAGGGUACUGUGAUGAACACCAAGAUUGGCUCGCUUUCUGUUCCACCAGCUUCCUUGUAUUCCUUUGAAGUGAUAUGUGUGACGCUUUGGGUACUUCUUAUCAACAAAGUUAUUGUUCCGGCAGGCAGGACAUGCUUCACAAGUGGAGCGGAACUAACACAGUUGCAGAGGAUCGGGAUCGGUCGUUUCCUGAUGAUCUUUGCCAUGGCAAUGGCUGCUAUUCUAGAAACUAAGAGGCUAGAGAACGUCCAGUAUGGCAAGCCAUUAAGCAUCGUAUGGCAGCUCCCACAGUACAUCGUCAUUGCUGGAGCGGAGUGCUUCGCCAUCAUCACUCAGCUGGAGUUCUUCCAUGGAGAGGCGCCAGACUCCAUGAAGAGCAUGUUGACGGCGUUUGCAUUGCUCACCACUGCUCUGGGGAACUAUUUGAGCUCAGCUAUCAUUACCCUUGUUGCAGGGGUGACUAGGGCAUGGCGUAGCCCUGGAUGGAUACCUGAUGAUCUGAACGAAGGGCACCUUGACUACUUCUACUGGUGUCUUGCGGCCAUUUCAGUUGCAAACUUUGUUGUCUAUAUCUAUUUUGCUAGUAAAUACAAAUUAAAGAAAGUUGUUUUAGAGGGCUAAAUCCCUUCUAAUCAUACCAAUUGUAAGUAUUUAUAGGCCACAUAAGUACAUAACUACAGGGAACCUUUUUCCUCCCAAGUACGUUUUCAGGCCAUCUCAGAAGGCUGUAUAUAUGUUGUUUAUGCCGUCAUGGACUCAUGGCACCUUCAGAAAGAUGGUUCUGUAGUUCUCAACGCCAUGCAGAACGAACGAUAGAUCCUGCAUUCCAAAAGGCUGGCAUUCUCUA